AUGGGGAACCCGGAGAUGGUUGUCUGGAGCCUUGCCUGCUGCUUGGCAAUGGCAAGUGCAGCAAAGCUGGGCGCAGUGUACACGGAGGGGGGUUUCGUGGAAGGCGUCAACAGGAAGCUCAACCUCCUGGGCGACUCUGUGGACAUCUUCAAGGGCAUCCCCUUCGCCGCCCCCACCAAGACCCUGGAGAACCCCCAGCCGCACCCUGGCUGGCAAGGGACCCUGAAGGCCAAGAACUUCAAGAAGCGAUGCCUGCAGGCCACUGUCACCCAGGAUGCCACCUACGGGAGCGAAGACUGCCUCUACCUCAACAUCUGGGUCCCCCAGGGCAGGAAGCAAGUCUCUUGGGACCUGCCCGUCAUGAUCUGGAUCUACGGAGGCGCCUUCCUCAUGGGGGCCGGCCACGGGCCCAACUUCUUCAACGUCUACUUGUAUGAUGGCCAGGAGAUUGCCACACGCGGCAACGUCAUCGUGGUCACCUUUAACUACCGCGUCGGCCCCCUUGGCUUUCUCAGCACUGGGGACACCAACCUGCCAGGGAACUAUGGCCUUUGGGAUCAGCACAUGGCCAUCGCUUGGGUGAAGAGGAACAUCGCUGCCUUUGGGGGGGACCCCAACAACAUCACCAUCUUUGGGGAAUCAGCAGGAGGUGCCAGCGUCUCUCUGCAGACCCUCUCCCCCUACAACAAGGGCCUCAUCCGACGAGCCAUCAGCCAGAGUGGUGUGGCACUGAGCCCCUGGGUCAUCCAGAAGAACCCACUCUUUUGGGCCAAAAAGGUUGCUGAGAAGGUGGGCUGCCCCGUGGAUGACACCGCCAGGAUGGCCAGGUGUCUGAAGGUGACCGACCCCCGUGCCCUGACGCUGGCCUAUAAGAUGCCCCUGGCAGGCAUGGAGUACCCCAUGCUGCACUACCUGGGCUUCAUCCCUGUCAUCGAUGGAGACUUCAUCCCUGAUGACCCUGUCAACCUGUACGCCAACGCUGCUGACAUCGACUACAUAGCAGGCACCAACAACAUGGACGGCCACAUAUUUGCCACCAUCGACGUGCCGGCCAUUGAUAGGACCAACAAGGUUGUCACAGAGGAGGACUUCUACAAGCUGGUCAGAGGGCUCACCAUCACCAAGGGGCUCAGAGGCACCAAUGCCACCUUUGAUGUCUACACCAAGCCCUGGGCCCAGGACCCAUCGGAGGAGAAGAAGAAGAAGACUGUGGUGGACUUUGAGACUGACGUCCUCUUCCUGGUGCCCACGGAGAUCGCCCUGGCCCAGCACAGAGCCAACGCCAAGGGUGCCAAGACCUACAGCUACCUGUUUGCCCAUCCCUCUCGGAUGCCUGUCUACCCCAAGUGGGUGGGUGCCGACCACACCGACGACAUCCAGUACGUCUUCGGGAAGCCCUUCUCCACCCCACUGGGCUACCGGCUCCAAGACAGGACUGUCUCCAAGGCCAUGAUCGCCUACUGGACCAACUUCGCCAGAACUGGGGACCCCAACAUGGGCCACUCGGCCGUGCCCACCCACUGGGAUCCCUACACGGCAGAGAAUGGUGACUACUUGGAGAUCACCAAGAAGAUGGAUGACAGCUCCAUGAAGCAGCACCUGAGGACCAGCUACCUGCAGUACUGGACCCUGACCUACCAGGCGCUGCCCACGGUGACCGGCCAGGAUUUCACCCCUGUGCCCCCCUCGGGCAACUUGGAGGCCGCCCCUGCACCCCCCUGGGGCGACUUGGAGGCCACCCCUGCGUCCCCAGAGGGCGACUCAGAGGCCACCCCUACAUCCCCAGAGGGCGACUCAGAGGGCACACCUGCGCCUGCCCCUCAGCCCCCCUUGAGUGACUUGGAGGCUAUCCCCACCCCCCCAGCAAGUGACUCCGAGGCUACCCCCUACCCCCUCAGAGGGUGA